UAAUGAUUAGUUUUUUUAUUUUAUUUGUUGCAACCGAUUUACGUGUAACGUAAAAAAAUGAAUAAAGAAAAAGUUCUAAAUCGUAGCGAGGGACAGACAUUAUCCGCAGCAUCUGAAUUGGCGGCAGCCACGAAUCCUUUAACAAACAAACUGCAAUUAGCGAGAUUUCAUCCCUAUCAUGGAGCGAAUAUAAUAUUAUGCGACGACAAUACAGUAGCGUUUCGUAAAGCUAGCUUUGCUGAUGCGGUUACAUUCUCCGAAAAGCCUUUACAACUGGGUGAAAUAUUUUUAGUAGAAAUAGAAAAAAAUGAGCGUGGCUGGUCAGGACAUAUGCGUCUGGGCUUAACUCAAUUGGUACCCGAUGGCCUGGCAGACGGAUUGCCACAAUUUGCUUUACCGGAUUUAGCUAAUUUGGCUACCAGCUGGAUUUUUCCAAUUUCAAAAUUUGAACCGCAUUCCUCAGUAUCGUGUUCAAACAACGAAAUUGAUGGAGGCAGUGUAGAUGCUAUAGAGGCUGCAAUAACUGAAGGCCAACCUUCGUCGGCGGUGCUAACAAAAAGCAAAAUUUUGGGCGACUCCAUCUACGUACGCACCCCAAGGGGAAUGUUUCCGAAACGUUUACUAAGACCAACAGUGGUGGAUGUUAACGGUAGCGCAGAUUGUAAUCCGGGCAUAUUAUUAACAGACAAAGGUUCACGUAUAGGCGUGGUAUUCGUGCCAACCGAAGCCGAUAAAACCAAAGCCGAAAUGCAUUUUAUCAUUAAUGGUAUCGAUCGGGGGCCUUGCACAAAGGAUAUACCAAUUGAUAAGACCCCAUUGCAUGUUGUCAUCGACGUAUAUGGUACCACAAAACAAAUUCGUAUCAUACAGUUAUACGGCAUUGUGUCGCUACAAAAUGCUUGUCGUGAUGCUAUCCUACUUAAUAUCAAGCCGCAAAAUAUCGACAAGUUGCCGUUGCCAGAACGUUUAAAAAGUUACCUUAAAGGCCAGGAUUAAAAAAUUUGCUAAAUUUUUUUUUUUACAUAAAUAUUU